UUUCACGAGAGUUUGCACGAAAAAAACCAUUUGCUUUCUUGGUGAAAAAGAAAGGCUGUGGUGAACAAGUUUUAUGUCGAAUCAGAAGGUUGAGAAACCCUCACUGUCAGGCACCCGUCUGAAAACACGUAAAAGGGAUGAAAAAGAAAAGUACGACCCUUUGUCGUUCCGUGAUACUGUUGUUCAGGGGCUCAAUGAAACAGAGUGUGAUCUAGAAAAGGUUUCAAAAUACUUGGAUGUUUCCAGUUCCCGUCUUAACUACAGACGUUAUGCUGAAGUCCUCUUUGACGUUCUGAUUGCUGGAGGAUAUUUAGCUCCUGGGGGCAGUAUUGUUCAAGACCCCGAACCAACAAAAAUCUGUAAAUCUGACAUCUGUGUGUUCUCUACAGAAGAGAACAAAGAAAAGCUCAAAUUAUUCUAUGAAGUGCUGUACAAGCUGAUUCGGCGCUACAAGUACCUGGAGAAGCCGUUUGAAGACAACUUGAAGAAGAUCAUCGUCUUCUUGAAGGGCUACAAGGAAGAUGAACGGAAGAAACUCGCCAUCAUCACGGGAAUCAUCCUGUCACAGAACCUCUGCACUGCCAAGGUGCUGUCCAGUUUGUUCGAGGAGCAUCUCAUUAAAGAAGGUCUGUCACUUGAAUUUACCACCUUAAUGUUCCGCACUUGGCUGGAAGAGAAGGACAUAAACAGUGUCUGGCAGGCACUGAAGAAAUCUCAAAUUGACUCGAGGCUAAUGGAGCUGUUUCCGGCCAACAAGAGGAGUUUGGAGACCUUUAACAGGUACUUCAGAGAGGCUGGUUUGGAUCAAAUAGCGGAAAUGCAGUCAAAACAAGUUGCCUCUGUGGUGAGGAAGACAUUGCACUUGGACCUGGCUGAAAUGUUGAAAGAAGACAAACCUGCUGAAGAGGUCAGUGAGUUUGUAGUAGAACAGAUGGUGAAAUAUGACAUCCCGGAACAUGAAGUGGCAAUUCUGAUCUGGAACAACCUGAUGGAAGCGAUCGAGUGGAACAAGAAGGAGGAACUGGUCACGGAUCAGGCGAUGAAGCACCUCAAGGCGUACACCCCGCUGUUUGUUGCCGUGGUGAAGACUAACAAGUCUGAGAUGUCGCUCAUGCUCCGCAUCCAAGAGUACUGUUACGAGAACAUGAACUUCCUCAAGUCUUUUCAGAAGAUCGUCAUUCUUCUAUACAAGACCAAUGUUCUGUCGGAGGACACGAUCGUGAACUGGUACAAGAAGAAUCAUUCGCCAAAAGGGAAAAGCGUCUUCCUCGAGCAGAUGAAGAAAUUUGUUGAGUGGCUGGAGAAUGCUGAAGAAGAAUCGGAAGAGGACGACGAUUAAGUUAGCUAUGCAUGACCGAUCUCUAUCCCACUCUCGAAUUCGAAUCAGCUGAACCCUUUUACGUCCACAUGCGUUUGUCUAAAUCAUUGUGUGUUUCUGAUUGAUAUUUCGAUUGAUGACUUUAAAACCGUUUUGGAAGAAACGUAAAGAGAUAAUGAAUUGUCUUGUAUAGAUCAUAUUACAAAAAAUUAAUUGUGCAUUUAGAAAAUGUUUACAGCAAAUUGUUUUGAUGAAUAGUAACGAUUCCAUUUUGGGUGUGUGAUGUCUUUGAGAUGAAUAUUUUCAUAUUUUUACUUUAUUCAUCAUAAUAUUAGAAGAGCUAUACAUUUUUAAAAUUUGUAUUAAGUGGAUAGAUCAUGUCUUUUUUCUAUGUACAUCUAUUUGUAUUGUAUUAUUGUUUUGUCAUACAUGUUCUCAUUGGGAUGAAAAUUAAAAAAUAAAGUUGGAUAAGUUUUAUGAAAUUAUAAUUUAUUUUUAUUUUUUUUCCUGUCAUUUUUCUAUUUAUCCCCGCAAUAUUUGUACUGCCAAACAUUUCUCACAUUGUUUUGUCCUACCAGGGCCAUUUUACUAUGAACAUGAUAUGGCCUUACUUCAUUGACCUGUUUAAUCUCAUAUUUACACUGGCUUGAGAUGUCCAGUUGGUUAUAAAUGCUAUAAAUAUCUAUUGCAAGAAUUCAUACAAUCAUGUCCAGUUGGUUAUAUCUAUGAUUAUUUUUAAUAAUUCAAGCUGGCAGAUGUAGUUGGUGGGGAAAAGCCCAAUUUGAAAACAGCUCCAUUGUUUUAUUCCCAUACUGUUAAAACAUUUUAAAAGAAGUAUUAACCAUAUACCAUGUAUUAUAUAUAGCCAGUUGUAAAAACAGUUGAAGAGUUGAUUUCCAAAAUGCUACAUAUCCAUUUGUCAGUUUGAGAGGAUCAUUGCUGCAACAUGACAUGGCAUUUAUCGCACGAAGCUCAGUUUUAACAUACAGUUCAUUGGGCAUAGAUUUCAUUUUAUUGGCACUUGUAUUGUCAACUCCUGCAAUUAGAAAUGUCCAUGGCGUGAAAACAAAUUCUGAUAUAGUCCACAACAAAAAAAGAAGCCGAGGAGAUUGAAAAACUCCACGCCAAUCUCCACAGCAUUGCUGAUUGCGGGUUGCCGUGGACAGUUGCAAGGGGUUGAUUGUUAAGUUGUACUGACAUUGGUUUACUUUCAUUGCUGGCUCCAAAAUAUGGUGAAAUUUUUGGUAAUGAACUCUUCAAUUACUGGAGAGUUGAGAGUAUGUAGAGUAGCAUCCCUUUGAAAGCUCUUAUUCUUUUUUCUCUUUUUUUUUUUUUUUUUUUUUUUUUUUUUUUUUCAAAAGUGAAAAUUACCUGGUCUUGGAAUUGGUUUAGGUUUUGAAAAUGAGACUAGCACUUAGUUAUAAUACAUGAGCAGUACAUGACAAUUUGGGAAAAUAUUUUCACAUUAUUCAUCAGGAAAUGAUGUUGAAACAAACAUUUGCCUUUUCUCAUUGAAGUAACAUGUUUUCGCCAUCUUAAAUUUGCAUUUAAAGAGCAAACGGUUAUAGUAUUGACUUGAUUGUAAAGUGAAUGGGAGAGGAAACAUAAUUAAGUCUUCGAAUAGCAAUAUAGUUUAUUUAAGAAUGUGUUUGGAGGCAUUAUGCUUUUAAAAAGAAACAGUUUAUUUGUAUUUUAAUGUUGAAAAGCCCCCCAUUAAGAAGUUUAUUUUGUAUUUCCCACCUUUUUGUAUGUGUAUCCAAUUUCCGGAGCAGCUGUAGGAUCGUUAUGAUCCGUAAUUUACAGUUGAUUGCCAGUAUUUUCCUGGCGUUGUGUACAUUCACAUUAUCCUUUUGUUCCUUUUGUACAAAAAAAAAAACAUAAAUAAAAAAAAAUACGCAAACUUUGUGAAUAAAGAUUGAUGUUGA